UAUACACAUACACGUAUUUAUAAGCAUAUGUACACAAAAGUAUUAAAAUGUAUGUAUUUAUUUUGCAGCGGAGCAUGGCAGCGAAGAGGUAUAGGUUGGUGAAAAUGUCCUGAAUGUAUUUUUGUUGAAACAAUGACAUGAUUUCAGAGUUCACGGUGAGCGGAGCUUAAAGACACUGUCUAAAUAAUAGGAGAUAGCUUGCACUACCUGCCCUGUCCAUAGUACUCCCCAAAGCAGGCCCUUAUCUUCCCCAAGCAAAAAAUUAGCAAGGAAGCCUGAUGCAAAAGGGCCUAGGAAAUUUAUUUUUAACCACUUCUUUUUAAGGCUGCCCAGCAAGUUGAGCCCUUAUAUGGGUGUGGUCCUGGGUGGUGAGGGCGAGAGCGGGCCCAUGGCACAGAAAGCCAGUGAGGAUAUGGGUGAAGAAGUGGAGGGGGCCGCUGCUCUUGGGGUGCGCCACAAAACAGACACCUCAAGCUGAAAACGUUCAACCUGGAACUUAUGUUUUCACUCCCUGCAGCCUCUCCCUACCCCAGCUUGCCACAACCCCCUUUGUGUUUCUAUGUCAGCGACUCCCACCGCCAUCAACCCAGCUGCCCAAACCAAACGUUCCGGUGACAUCUGUCAUUUCUCUUUGCUUGUCCACCACAGUCCACUGGUCAUGAGAUGCAGUGGAUUCCACCCAAUACGACUCUCACGUGUUACUUCCCUCCACACUCCGAGCCAGUGCUCCGCUCCGGGACGUGUCCUCUCUUGCCUGGCUCUCUGAAGCAGCUCUGGGCGGGCUCCCUGCCUCCCGGGCCCCUUUCCCAGUCCUACAGAGCCAACCCGGGGAGACUUUCCGAUGAGAUCCCGGUGACGGCUUCUCAGCAACCUCCUUCCUGGGUUUAUGAGGUCUUCUUUAUCUCCGCAGCUCACUGCCUCUCUCCAACUGUCCGUUCUCCCUCUAAGGAGGCCCCCCUCCCCAUUUCUAGAAUGCGCGCCCUCUAGUCUCUUUACCCACGCCUCUCACCGCUUAGAUUCCUCUCUGGGCCCUUCUCACCCCCAGGUCUUCGCUUACAUCUUCCUGAAGCCUCUCUGACGCCCCAGGCUGACUGUCCCCGGAGUAGCAGGAAGUCCUACCAGCUCUGAAGCCACUGACGGUCUUGUCGCCUGGUCAAGCCUGUCGUCGGGGUGGCCUGGACCGGCGGGUUUCUCGCCCUUGGCGCUCCAGCCACCUCACCCAGCUCUCUUUCAGCUCCUGAAAGAUUCCUGUUCCUUCUGCCCCUCACCCCUCUUCCUUUGCCACCCCGGGAGUGCCUCCCUGAGCCCCUAGGAUCCCGCGAUCGUUCCACAGGCUUAGGGCACAGGACUCGUUUCCUCCCGGCGCAUUGGGGAACUCUACGUUCGGGGGUCACUAGGCCGGGCCCGCCGGGUGUCCCUGGGCCCCCAGCACCCGGCGCGCAGCAGGUGCACGGCCGGUGCAGGAGGGAUUGCCUGAACGAGCAUCCUCCGGGGCGCGGGCCUGCUGGGGAGGAAGGGCCCGCGAGCCGCUCCCCCACCCCGGGACUCCGCGGCACCCUCCGCUCCCCCGUGCGGCGCCGGAAGCGCCCAGCGCGGUCCCCUCCCCGGGGCGCCAGUCCUCUUAUCUCGGCGCCUCGGAGCCGCAGGAGGAGUCCGGGUGCGCCGGGAGGGAGGCGGCGGCGGCAUGGCCCGGGGACCCUGGGGCGUCGGCAUCCCGCUAGGCCGCCUGUUGCUGCUGCUGCUGCUCAGCCUGGCCCGAGGCGCGCCCCGAGAGCGGAGCCAGGACGAUUUACAUCCGGAUAUCUGUGCCACUUGCCAUGAACAUGCUACCUGCUCGAAAAUAGGAAGGAUGAGCGUCUGUAUGUGCAAAUAUGGAUUUGUGGGCAAUGGGAGGACUCAUUGUAUUGAUAAAGAUGAGUGCCAAUUUGGAACCAGUGUGGUCUGUGGGAACCACACAUCUUGCCACAACACACUCGGAGGCUUUUAUUGCAUUUGCCUGGAAGGGUAUCGAGCCACAAACAACAACAAGACAUUCAUCCCCAAUGACGGCACCUUUUGCACAGACAUAGAUGAGUGUGAGGUUUCCAGCCGGUGCAGGCGUGGAGGACGGUGUGUGAACACUCGUGGGAGCUAUGAAUGCUACUGUAUGGAUGGAUACUUGCCAAAAGGUGGACCUGAGCCUUUCCAUCCGACCAGAGAUGCCACGUCAUGCACAGAAAUAGACUGUGGGACCCCUCCUGAGAUUCCAGGUGGCUAUAUCAUAGGAAAUUAUACCUCUAGGCUUGGCAGUCAGGUUCAUUAUGCUUGCAAAGAAGGAUUCUUCAGUGACUCAGAAGAUACGGUUUCAAGCUGCACAGCCGUGGGCACGUGGGAGUCCCCCAAAUUAAAUUGCCAAGAGAUCGACUGUGGCCGCCCCCCAGAAGUGCAGCACGCGAUCCUCGAGGGGAGUCACAGCUCCAGACUGGGCAGUGUGGCUCAGUAUGUCUGUCUGGAGGGCUUUGAGAGCCCUGGAGGAAAGAUCACUUCCGUUUGCACAGAGAAGGGCACCUGGAGAGCAAGUGCUUCGUCCUGCUCAGAAAUAAUUAUAGAAAUUAAUGAGGUGUCGGUGUUUAAUAACACCUGUGUGAGGUGGCAAAUAAACCCAGGAAGAAUGAACUCCAAGAUCGAAUAUGUGAUAUACAUUAAAGGACAACGGUUGGACCCCCUGGAAUCAGGUCAUGAGGAGACAGUUAAUUUGACCACAGAGAGCAGGACCCCAGAAGUGUGCCUAGACCUGUACCAGGGCACCAACUACACCGUGAACAUUUCUACAGCCCCUCCCCGACGCUCGGUGCCAGCCGUCAUUGAGUUCCAGACAGCUGGUGAUGAUCUCUUAGAAGAUGAUGGGAUUUUCAAUAUUUCAAUAUUUAAUGAAGUUUGCUUGAAAUUGAACAGGCAUUCUAGGAAAGUUGGAUCAGAACAAGUGUAUCAAUUUAAAGUUCUAGGUCGAAGGCGGUAUCUGAAUAAUUUUUAUCAUGCGACUUCGUUUAACUUCACAACGAGGGAACAGACGGCAGUGGUGUGUUUAGAUCUGUAUCCAGCAACUGACUACACAGUGAACGUCACCCUCCUGGGAUCUCCGGAGUGGCCGUCAGUGCAAACAACAGUGACCACCGCACCAGCAGUAAAACAAACCAUCAGUAACAUUUCAAUAUUUAAUGAAACCUGCUUGAGAUGGAGAAGUAUGAAGACAGCUGAUAUAGAGGAGAUGUAUUUAGUCCACAUUUGGGGCCAGAGAUGGUAUCAAAAAGGAUUUGCCCAGGAAAUGAUCUUUAAUAUCACUGCCAGCAGUCAGACUCCUGAGACGUGUUUGGACCUGAGUCCAGGUACCAACUACAGUGUCAGCAUCCAGGCUUUGUCUUCUGAGCUUCCUGUGGUCAUCUCCCUAACAACCCAGAUAACAGAGCCUCCCCUUCCGGAAGUAGACUUUUUCACUGUGCAUGGAGGGCCUCUACCACGCUUGCGACUGAAGAAAGCCACGGAGAAAAAUGGACCCAUCAGGUUCAUCACUCACACUCUUGCUGCCGCAGAUGGUGGGCGUUGGGCUGGGCUCCAUGGCUGUUGUGAUUGUCCUCGCAUUCCUGUCCUUCUCAGCAGUGUGAUCGCCGGUGGGCACUGUGUGAAGAGGACGCACUGCUGCUGGAGCAGGUGGUGUGACAGCUUCUCAGGGGUCUGUGCAGAGGCCCCCUGUGUGCGUGGACCUGCAGUCCCAUUCCUAGAUUCGAGACGGUCACUAUCUCUUUGGCAUCCCCCCAAAGGAGGACACUCAGGAAUUGCUGCUGUCUUCCCUGUAUCUCUGAACCUGAGAACCUUGAUGUGAUAUUGACCACAGGCUGCAGGUCACGUGGGCUGGGCCUGUGUUCUCCUCCAAGUGAUGCCUGAGAGUCUCUGCCUCUUCCUUCAGAGCAUCUCUGUUGUGAAUUCAGAAUCUGUUCUUUUACGAUAAGUAAUGACAUACAUAGGGUUCCCUUGUAGCUCAGUUGGUAAAGAAUCUGUCUGCAAUGCAGGAGACCCAAGUUUGAUUCCUAGGUUGGGAAGAUACCCUGGAGAAGGAAAUGGCAACCUACUCCAGUAUUCUUGCCUGGAGAAUCCCAUGGUCAGAGAGGCCUGGCAGCCUACAGUCCAUGGGGUUGCAAGAAUCGGACACGACUUAGCGACUCCACCACCACCAGUGAGAUACGUUUAGAUGUGGGCUAGAAUUUGACUACAGGAGGGAAGUCAUUGCAAACGACAGAUAUCAUUGACUGAGGCAAACGUGUCAGACACUUUAGAAGCACCCCUUUUCCUGCAGUUAGUGACACAUUAAUUAGAAAGCAUGCUAGCCUGGGACUUCCCUGGUGGUCCAGUGGUUAAAGCAUGAUAGCCUGGGACUUCCCUGGUGGUCCAGUG